AUGGCGUCCUCACAUCCCCUGGAACUGACAGUCUUGGGAAAUGGACCAGGGCCCAGCCAAGGAGCCCCAGAAGGCAGGCCUUCACCACCAUGGACAGCUCCCAAUCUGGGCAUUGAGAAUAUCUCCUAUGAGGGGGAGGAGGAGGAAGAGGAGGAAGAGGAGGCAGAAACCUCCUUCGGAAAUGGCCACGGUCCCUCCAGCGGCCCCAGGGAGCAUUCGGCGCCCCCAAGGGGAGACCUCUCCCCCAGGUCCGAGGACGGUCCUCCGUCAGACGCAACCGGGAAUUCUGUGGACUACGGCUUCAUUUCGGCUUUGGUCUUCUUGGUGGCUGGGAUUUUGCUGGUGAUCGUGGCUUACAGCAUCCCGCGGGAGGCACGGGUCGACCCGGACACAGUGUCCGCCCGGGAGAUGGAAAGGCUAGAGAUGUACUAUGCGCGCCUGGGCUCCCACUUGGACAAGUGUAUCAUUGCCGGCUUGGGCUUCUUGACCUUGGGGGGGAUGCUUCUGUCCGUGCUCUUGAUGGUCUCCAUCUAUAAGGGGGAACUGUAUCGGAGAAGGAACUUCCCAGCCUCCAGAGGUCCCAGGAAGACCUACGGAUCUAUAAACCUGAGGAUGAGGCAGCUUAACGGUGAAGGUGGGCAAAAUUUGGUGGAGAAUGAGGUCAUUCAGAUGACGGAAGCUGUGCCCGUCAGCCAGAACUGCUGA